CCUGCCUUUUUAUCUCAUCACAUUCUCACUCUCUCGCCAUCUCUCGCUCUCUCUCCCUAAAAUGGCUGAAUCCCAAUCAAAACGACACAGAGAAGAAUCCCAUGAACAAGUCUUUGAGCUUGAAGAUUCAAACUCAAAGCGCAACAAAUCAUACGACAACAUAUUAUCCAUUCUUGAUGAAGAACCAGAGCAAAAUGAGCCAAAUCAAGAGUUAUCAGCCAUUUUCUCUACUUUCCAACGAGAACUCACCGGUGACCCAUUAGCCUGUACGGCCUCAGAAGCUGAACAGGACCAUCACCCCUCCGCCGCCGUGACCACCACAACCUCCGGCGGCGGUGAGUGUAGCCCUAAAGAAGAAGAAGAAGAUGAUGAUAGCAUUAAAGUAAUUAGACGCCUCCUCGAAGCCUCUGACGACGAGCUUGGAAUCCCUAACACUAAUAACAGAGUUGAUGAAGAAAUCAACUCUGGGAAUUAUAAUGCUUUUGCUGCUUCGUUUGAUGGGUUCUGGGAGCUUGAAGAUGACGCUGCUAAUUACUACACUGUAUUGCAAUCUGAACUUUUCAUGUAGUUUUUUAGGGUAGAAGUGAAAAACUAUAGAAGUCGGGGGGUUGAAGAGAAAAACAAAAAAAGGGGUUGGGGUGGAUUAAAGAAAAAUGAAAUGUUCGGGGUUUUGUUUUUCAUUUUGGUCCCUCUUCUUUUGUAGAAUAUCGAAUGUACCCCUUGUCGUUUCAGGAUAUUUUGUUGUAGAAGCGAAAGUGGAAAAAAUUUAUUUUAAUCUUUUGGUUUUGUCA